AUGCGCUACUCCUCCGUCGCUAUUCCUCUGGCCCUCGCUGCCCGCGCUGCUGCCGUCGAGAGUGAUGUCUGGGCCUUCGGAAACGGCUUCUACACCGGUCCUCCCACCAACGCGCACAUCACCAGAGCCACCUGGUCCUUGGUGCCCCCGGAUGUUCCCUCGAACUACACCGUGAACAACACUGACGAUGAGGUCUGGGUGUCCCUGUGGAUUGGUCUCUCCUCCACCGCCGGUGACUACGACGCCGAUCUCUACCAGCCCCUACUGAAUUGGUCUCCCGACAACCAGUCCCAGGGCUGCCCCGCCCCGGAUGACGAGUGGUGUGUCGCCGCUAGCACGUACACUCCUGAUGGUCAGAAUGGCCAGGCCUACGUGACUGUCCCCGCGGACACCCAGGUCGACUUUGAGGUCUACGUCGAAAACGACAAGGUCUACCAGGUCGUCACCAUGAACGGCAAGACCGUCUCCAAGGAGAGCGACGCCCUCGACAAUCCCCUCCUCUACCUCUACUCGGGAGACGAGUGCUACACUGGCUCCGGUGACUGCGGUACCCUCCAGUCCUACAGCUGGAACAACCUCACCAUCCACCUGAGCGCCGCCGAUGAGAACUUCGGUGACACCCUGUCCCUGUACAGCGGUUCCUCCUCCAACGGCCUCACCACCUCCGAUAAGGGCAAGACCUGGCACACCGAUGCUAUCAAGAUCUCCAAGGACACUUUCGCUACUGUUUCUGACUACUAG